ACUAGCAACAUGGGCCCUAAACAAGUAGGUUCGAAAGGAGCAAAGAAGGCCGCCACUAAGGCAAAGGCCAGUCGUGGAACUGACAAGAAAAGGAGGAGGAAGAGGAGGGAAUCCUACAGCAUCUACAUCUACAAGGUGUUGAAACAGGUGCACCCCGACACCGGAGUGUCCAGCAAAGCCAUGUCCAUCAUGAACAGCUUUGUCAACGACAUCUUCGAGAGAAUCGCCGCUGAGGCUUCCCGUCUGGCCCACUACAACAAGAGGUCCACCAUCACUAGUCGGGAAAUCCAGACUGCUGUCCGUCUCCUUCUCCCCGGUGAAUUGGCUAAGCACGCCGUCAGCGAAGGCACCAAGGCUGUCACCAAGUACACCAGUUCCAAGUAAACUUGUAGCAAAGUUUACUACAACAAACCAACCAAACGGCCCUUUUCAGGGCCACCCACAUUCCUCAAAAAGCCCUGUGAUCUCUCGAAAAUUAUACGCUUUGUCUGCGUAAGACUUGACUUGCUUCAGUGUGUGUCGUCGUGUGAUUUGUUUGUAAUAUGUAAAAGAGAACUGCUAUAGUAAGGAAACGAAUGAGAAAUAUAA